UAGGAUCCGAAACCCCCUCCCCCUUCCUCCAAAAGGAAAAAAUAAAACACAAACAACGAGAAAUAAAAAGAAACUUGAGCCAGGCAGGUGUCGACGAGGCAAGCAGGCCGCAUUAUUCAAGUAGAGGAGAGAACGAAAGGCACCCGACCGGUACGAGGCAGCCACCGCAGCGAUACGGAUACGGAGCAGGGUAACACGGACUACGUGUAGAAGUGAUGAGGUGAUGAGGUGAUGCAUUGUUUUCGCCAGGAAGGCGUGUGACAGCGUGAUCUUCUCGGGAGUGAGUCGCCAUCAAGGGAUUGCACAUAUGUCGUACUGUUAACUUCCUGAUAGUGUAGAAAUGCCCCUGCGGGCGCCGGGAAACAACUGCUUCAUACCUAACGCAUCCCCGUACGUGAUUCUUUCUCUCCCUCGCCCUCUCCAUUCCUCGCCCCCUCACCUUCUCACCCGCUCUCUCUCCCUCUCCCUCCCUCCCUCUCUCUCCCUCUCCUUCUCUGCCCUUCUCCCUGUCUGUCUUUCUCUCUGUCGGUCUGUCUUUCUCUUUCUCUUUCUCUCUCCCUCCCUCCCUCCCUCCCUCCCUCCCUCUCUCCUUCUCUCCUCAACCAUCCACCCAUUCACUCUUCCCUCCCUCCACCGCUCUCCCAUGCCGUUUUCGAGGCAAGCCUCUCAUCCCCUUGCUUUUUUUUUUGGUGCCUUUCUUUUUUUCCCACCCCUUGGCUUGUCUCGUCGUCGUUUCCCCAUUGGCCCUACACCCGCCUCACGGCCCGCCGAGGGUUGGCGACCCGGUUCGUGGAUUCGCGAUCUUCUCCUGAGUCCACAAAUCGAGCCGCACUUGGUAGAUCUUGGUAGGCCUUGGUAGACCCGUGCUGUAGGAAUCCGCUAGUGCGCCCUACAUGGUAGCCGGCUCUCA